AUCUCACCACCCCAGCCUCAAAUUUUCCCCUCCCUCUCUCUCUCUCUCUCUACACAGAACUUCUAGACCAAAAAACCCGCAGACCAGACAGACAAUCUAAGACAUGGGUACAUUGGUGGGGCAUGUUGCACCAGGUUUUGGUUUCUUUGUGAUUGGGCUAUGGCAUCUAUUGAACCACAUAAGGCUCCAUGCUCUCCACCCAAAAGCUUACACUUCUCUCCCAUGGUUCCCCACUCCAAGAAUCAAAUACUUGGAGCUUUUCUUGAUCAUGGGUGGCUGCUUAGGUUCCAUAUCCAUGGAGCUUUUCAUAGGCCCGGCUAGGCACCAGCCGUUAGACCUAGAUGGGACCAUACCCUCUAACCAUCUCCACAACUUCGAGCACUCAAACAUCUCCCUCACCUUCCUCGUCUACGCCGUUUUCUCCGUCCUCCUGGACAAAACCGCGGCACCGGCAAAGUUCCAGCUGACGCAAUUCCUCGGCGCCAUGGCUUUCGCCCAGCAGCUCCUCCUCUUCCACCUCCACUCCGCCGACCACAUGGGGGUGGAAGGCCAGUACCACUGGCUCCUCCAGGCCGUCAUCUUCGUGUCCUUAGCCACCACCCUUCUCAGCAUCCCUUUCCCCCGCAGCUUCCUCACCGGCUUCGUGAGGUCCGCCAGUAUUCUCCUCCAAGGCGUGUGGUUUAUGGCGAUGGGCUUCAUGCUCUGGACGCCGGAGCUUAUCCCCAAAGGCUGCUUCAUCAACUCCGAGGAGGGACACCAGGUGGUGCGCUGCCACGCCCACGGAGACCUCGAGCGGGCCAAAUCGCUCGUCAACAUUCAGUUCAGCUGGUACGUAAUCGCCGUCACCAUUUUCGCCGUCGCCGCAUACUUGGCGCUCCUCAAGAUUUACGACCAAAAAGUGGAGUACCAGUCUCUGGCGACGAAACUGGACGACCAAGACGACGAAACUACAAUAGAAAUUGAAGAUGUUGAGGCGCAGAAGAGAGACGACAAAGCUGCGCGAAACGGCGAGUCAAAGAGGUUUCUUGAAAUGGGCAAGUUUUUUGCGUCUUCGGACAUGGAGAGGUGAAAGAAUUAAACAUUAGUGUUUGGAUAAAGGUGUGUUAAUUGUACAAAAUUAUAGAUAAUUAUGAUUUGGUUAGGUGGAUUGUGUUCAAUUUGUUUAAUUAAGCCCAUAAUAAUUGAUUAUUGGCUCGCUCAAGGAAAAGAAGUAGAAAAAAAUAUAAAUUAAUAAAAAAGAUUGAAAAUUUGGUGUUGGUGUGUGGUCAUAAAUUAUGACUUGUCGUGUAGACAUUAGAGGGUGAAUGGAGAGACACCCAUUAUAUUGUAUUUGUUUGUACAAAGAAAAAGAAAUUGAUUAUACACAUGUUUAUUUCUUAUUUA